AUGCCGUCCGGCCCAGGCGCCGGCAGGCUGGCCAGGGUGCUGCUCAUAGGCGGAGCCGCUGUGUAUGGGCUCACGCAUAGCCUGUUCAACGUGGAGGGCGGACAUAGAGCCAUCGUGUUCAACCGCAUCGGCGGCAUCAAGGAGGAGGUGUACGAGGAGGGCACACACUUCAUGCUGCCCUGGUUUGAGCGCCCAAUCAUAUACGACGUGCGCGCCCGCCCCAACGUCAUCACCUCCACCUCGGGCUCCCGCGACCUGCAGAUGGUCAACAUUGGCCUGCGGGUGCUGACGCGGCCCAUCCCGCAGCGGCUGCCCGAGAUCUACCGCACCCUGGGCACCGACUAUGCGGAGCGGGUGCUGCCCAGCAUCAUCCAGGAGACGCUGAAGAGCGUGAUCGCGCAGUACAACGCCUCGCAGCUGCUGACCAUGCGCGAGGUGGUCAGCCGCGACAUCCGCCGCAUCCUGACGCAGAGGGCGCGCUACUUCAACAUUGUGCUUGACGAUGUGUCCAUCACGCAGCUCACAUUCAGCCGCGAGUACACGUCAGCGGUGGAGGCCAAGCAGGUGGCGCAGCAGGACGCCGAGCGCGCCAAGUUCAUUGUUGAGAAGGCGGAGCAGGACAAGCAGAGCGCGAUCAUCCGCGCGCAGGGCGAGGCGCAGUCGGCCACGCUGAUCGGGCAGGCGGUGCAGCAGAACCCGGCCUUUUUGACGCUGCGCAAGAUCGAGGCGGCGCGCGAGAUUGCGUCCACCGUGUCGGGCUCCGCCAACCGCAUCUUCCUCAACUCCGACUCCCUGCUCCUCAACCUCUCCGACUAUGAGACCAAGAAGAAGUGA